AUGUCUUUAUGUCUUUAUGUCACCGAACUCGAACGACUACGACGUGAGGCUGUUCCCUCAUCGGAUGAAAAUGCUACGGCUGAGGAUGCGGCGCCACAAAUUGCAGAGCACCCCGCAAAUGUGAAUUCCGCCGUGAAUACCCCAGUUGUGGUUGAUUCAAACGAUGAUGGAACAGUCGCCCAGGAACUGGAAUUAGAGCAUGUGAGGAGUACAUUGGAAGAGGCGAUUGUGGAAACGCGCAGUACGCCUCUCGAAAAUCGACCGCGACUUCCCCGCAUAGCCCUAAGCAAGCGGAAUCGGGCUGUCGUGAGGGCUCUGAACCCAAUACUGGUGACCUAUUUGGAAGCCAGCCGGGACCUUUGCGAGACGGACCAAUUCUUUUUGGCGCCGCACUGGCAGUGUGCCGUAUUAUAG